CUAGGGCAACCAAUCUGUAUCCCUAAUCACCACACAACUUCCGGAUAAUACAGUGACGCAAUCAUCUGAAACUAAAAGUGGAAUUUAACUUGGCAACUUGAGUAAAUAGGUGGCGUUCUACAUAGCUAGGUAGAUAACUCUACCCACGACACAGAGGAUUUGUUUGAUGAAAGCAAGGAGGCAAGGGGGUCGGCUACUUUCGUCACCUCACUCUACAUCCUGAAACAAUGGCUAGCGCUGCCCCUCCACCAGCAGCUGCUUCGACUGCCACUGAGAACCCCAUCCCCGGCUCCAGCAGCUCGACAGCGGGGGAGGGUGGUAACCAGGACAGCACAUUCGAAUGCAACAUCUGCCUGGACACCUCCAAGGAUGCAGUGAUCAGUCUGUGUGGGCAUCUCUUUUGUUGGCCCUGCUUACAUCAGUGGUUGGAGACCAGACCUAACAGACAAGUGUGUCCAGUAUGCAAAGCAGGCAUCAGUCGAGAGAAAGUCAUCCCACUAUAUGGCAGGGGAAGUACGGGCCAACAGGACCCAAGGGAGCGAACGCCUCCUCGACCACAAGGACAGAGGCCAGAGCCUGAAAAUCGUGGUGGAUUUCAGGGUUUUGGUUUUGGAGAUGGAGGAUUCCAGAUGUCUUUUGGCAUUGGUGCCUUUCCAUUUGGCAUUUUUGCUACAGCUUUUAACAUCAAUGAUGGAAGACCACCCCCAGCUACCCCUGGAACCCCUCAGCACAUGGAUGAACAGUUCCUGUCUCGACUCUUUCUAUUUGUUGCUCUGGUGAUCAUGUUUUGGCUGCUAAUCGCAUAAAUGUCUGAGCAGCCAGGACCAAGGCUCAAGUUAGACAGUUGUUUGCAGAUACUUGUUUGAUUUUUGUCCUUUUCCACAUUUAAGUAUUGUCCUCUAGACUUGACAAGCUAUUGAUUUAAUUUCAGUAAUCAAUAUCAUUACUGUUUGAUUAUACCUGUACUAUGAAUCCUACAGAAGUCUGAAAUAGUUUUUUUUGUUUGAACAAUGGCCCUGCCUCUCAUUUCCAUCAAGGUUAUUGUGUUUUUAUUAGACAUUUUAAGUGUACCAGGUUGGCAAUAUAGAACCAGAUACUAAAAGAAAGAUUGUAAAUGUAAGCUACCAGAUGUAUCCUCUGUGCUUCUAUUGAUAUAGAUUACAAGUGGUAUGUCCUGUUUCUAAACUAAAUAUGAUAUAUAAAUUCAGGAAGAGGCGUAUCAUUGGUGAUACUUCAAAAUUGACACAACAAUUGCCUUUUGGGUACCACUACCAGUAUGAAGCCAUAUAAACAAUACAGUGGUGCAUUUUUAUGUGUGGUGUUAGCAGGGGAAUAGUCGUGAAGAGCCGUAUUGGUAUGGUUUUAAGUUAUUUAAUGACAUACUAUAUAUAUAUAUAUAUAUAUAUAUAUACAUACAUACAUACAUACAUACAUACAUACGAUUUGGUAAGACUAUUUCUUAUGUUUCAGAAAAUAAGUGAAUAAAUUAAGGUUACAAUAUUUGAAGGAUGAAAGUUGAGACCAUUUUAAAGGAGUUAUUUUUUUAUUGAAUGAUACUGUCAUUGUCUGCCACUUGUAAGACUAUUAUUUAGUCUGAAAAAUGUAGAAUUCUAAUGCAAACGCUUCUAUAGCAUACAUAGUAAAGAGCUUGGGAAAAAAUAUGCAAAUGGUAUAAAAAUGGAUAUAGUUUUCUUCAACCUGACACAACUAACAAGAUGACGGUCAUGAUAAUAUGCAUGAGUAACUGAUGCAGUUAUUUGAGUAAUCCCUCUCAUUUCUAUUUAAUUUUUUUGUCUUGUUUACAACUUUUACUCAUUUAUUCUAAAAUAAAUAUAGUAAAAUAUA